AUGGCCGUGAUGAAGGGUCCUGUGGCCGCUCCCGUCAGCGACAGUACUAGCGCACCUGCUGCUGUCUCCUCACUCUCAUGCGACUGGGCAAGCUCAGCCUCACUCGUGGCACAGAUUCAGGCAGAGAAGCUCAUCGUACCCGACGUCGUAGCACAGUGCGCGAAUGUUUGCCAGGUUGCUUUUAAUUCUACCAGUGCACCUGGUGCAUUGGCAGGUGAAGGAAUCAUAAUCUCGUACUUCAUCCAAGUAGCUCUCGUCUGCCUCUUCGGAGCUCUCUUCCCAAUCCUCAUCUGCCUCUUCAACGUCUUCUCAUGGAAAGUUGCUAUCCGAAGAACCCCACUCCUCCGCAAGCUCCAGAAAUCCGUCUAUGAAAUCAACGCCUUCUUCAGUAUCUCUCUCUUAGUAGCCUCGAUUGUCCGUUGGCGUCAGGCCCCUUCGGUCGUGGAGACUGUCUUGAUCUCCUACGUCGUCUGGACUCAGCUCUUGAUCCUCACCACCAUGCUGUUCGGCCAACUUUCCGAUAACGUGAUGAACAAGGCGAAUUUGACUUGGCACUGGCAGCUUUAUUACUUUGCGAUCUGUAUCGCUCAGCUGGCCACGAGCUGUGUGGUAGAGGUCCCGCACCCAGGCAUCUACCAAGACCUGGCGAAGCAGUGCCACAGUCAAUACGGCUUCACCAAUCUCAGCGCCUUACUUCCGGCAUCCGAGAAAGGAUUGAUGACGUUGAAGUGGGACAUUAUCGGAGCACUGGGCGGUUUGGCGAUUGCUAUCAUCGGUGGGGCCUUUGCCAAAGUGCUUCUGAAAUUUACUCCCGCAUGGCUGAGGAAACACGGCGGGGUCACCUUCCUGAUCACCAUCCUGCUAUUGAACAUUACCUCGGCUGUCGCCAACGCUGUUGUGACUGGAAGCCUUCGUGAUACCCUGAGAGAGCUGAGUGGAGAUCAACUUCCGGACAAUGGCUGGAGUUAUGGCCAGAUCACUGCCAUUCUGCUGUGGGCUCCGUUCUUCUGGGGAAUAGCGAAGGAGACUUUCAGGCAUUUGAGAGAAAGAGAUCUAGUUGAUCAGAACGGGUCCGAGAUGCAGGCAAAGGGGAACCCAUCCGCGAACUCGGAUGUUGUGCCACCACCAUACACCCCGACUCCGAAGAAAGGCGACGCAACACUGCCUAUCUAG